GUCCCGAUCCUAGCAAACUUGUUUACUUCAGGAAAGCGUUCUCCCCUCCUGGCCAAACAAAUUAUAAAGCAUCUAUUUGUAUCGACUAUUUCCACACCUGUGAAACUAUGAAAUUUUCCAGCAUUGUAGUUCUUGCCGCAGUGGCUCCUGGGGCAACUGGUUUUGCUCCUUUCCAGCGACAAUUCACAACCCCUCGCACUGUUCUUCGCAAGGUCGAAUACGAUUUGGACCUCGGUAUUGAAGAGGCCCCGAAGAAAAAGGGAGGAAAGAAAGAGGCACCAGCGCCUGUUCCAGCUCCCGUGCCUGCUCCGGAACCCGCCCCUGCCCCGAAGUCAAAAAAGCGAGCCUCUAAGAAAGCACCCGAACCUGUCCCUGAGCCUACCCCCGUGCCUGCUCCUGCUCCUGCUCCAAAAGCUAAGGCCAAGAAGGUGAAGCCUCAACCAGUCAAAACUCCUCCACCACCACCACUACCAGUAACGAAACCCGCUCCUAAGUCCGCCUCCGCCUCGACCAAGGCCAGUGGAGUUGCAUUGGGUGUGGCUCCACUUGUGUUGGCGCCUCUUGCCAUUUUGGGUGCUGGUCGCAGCGUUCUUUCUGGUACCAAGGAACGCAGAGAGAAGAUCCAAAAAGAGAUCGAAGAAUUUGAGCAAGCCAAGAAGAAGAAGCAACUCCAAGCUGAAGUUGACGGCGGCGGUCUCGUGCAAGCUGCGGUAUGUAACAGAGACUUCUCGCGACGAACACUUCUCUCGGUGCCGUGUUAGGACUGAAACAUCGCUUUUUUUGUACGAAUCUAACACAUUGUUUUUCAUGUUCUCCACCUCAUUAAAAUACUUGAAAGGGCUUCUUGGGUGCUGCGGGUCUUUCUCUUGGAUUGAUUGUCGCGAACCCUUUCGGUCAAACAUCGAAUUCACCUGCACCAGUCAAAGCCCCUGCCGCGACUAAGCAGGCCCCCAAGAAAGAUGUCUCUGCUAAGACCAGUUCUGCACCCCCAGCAGCUGUGAAAAAGGUCGAAAAAAAGAAGAUCAACGCCCAGAGAAAGGCGGAGUUGAAGUCCGGAUAUGAUUUGUCUCUUGAUGCUGAAGUCAAGGCUGACGAAAAGGCUGCUGUGAAGGCUAUUAAGGAAGAGAAGGCACUCGAGGCUGCUGUGAAGAAGGACGAAGAAGCAGCACAAGCAGCAGCAAAGAAGGAGGAAGCAGCACAAGAAGCAGAGAAGAAGGCAAGUAGAUUGAAAUGGAGUGUUUGUCUUGGGCAUUCCCGAAUGCGUCGUUUUGAUCAAACUUCUCUCACAAUAUGUUUGUCGCCUUUUUGGUAACAAACAGGCAGCGGAAGAGUUGAAGAAGGACGAAGCAGAAGCAAAGGCAUUGAAGGAGGCAGAGAAAAAGGCAGAAAAGGCUGCCAAUGGUGAGUCCAUCCUUGAUGUCACAUCAUGUUUGUCAUAUUGGAUUUUGUCGCUGACCGUAUGCUUCAUUGAUUCAACGCAGAGGCAAAGGCGAAGGAAUUGGCAAAGAAAGAGAAGGAAGCCGAAGCAAAAGCAAAUGCAGCAGCAGAGAAAGAAAAGGCUGCCAAGGCUGCUGGUAAGUCUAAUCCACCGCAUUCUGAAGUUGAGCAUUUAAAUUGCGUCGAUCAAAUCUAAUAAAGUGUUUUCCCUCUUCACUUCAGAGGCGAAGGCCGCCGCUGAAGAAGAGAAGGCAGAAGCAAAAGCCCGAGCUGACGAAGAAAAGGCUAAGAUUGCAGCAGACAAGGCGAAGGUACGGCACUAAAGAAUUUAUGUAUUGUUCAUCAAUUGAUGAUAUUCAUCUUUUUCACUAACCAAGAUUUCACUUUUUCACCCAGGCUGCUGAAGCAAAGGCCAAAGAAGACGAGGCUGCGCAAAAGAAGGUCAAGGAAGAGGAAGCUAAGGUGAGUUUGUUGCGUCGAAUACGAAGCGAAAACCGAGUUACACUCAUAUCACGCUCACCAAAAAUCGAUUUGUUUCCAUUUACAGGCUGCCGCCUCAGCUCCUGCGCCAGCGGCACCUGCCCCUGCUCCUAAGCCAGCUCCUGCCCCUAAGCCAGCCCCCAGUGGUGAUGCAGCCCUUGGAAAGGUAUUGGGAGGAGAAAGUGGUGGACGAAUCCUCCCCAAGGAAGAACUCGACCCCGGCGUUCUCGAAUUUCUCAAGGUAAGGACAAAUUCAGCAUGAAAAAUAGCGCCCGUGGUGCUUUCGGACGUUCUUCUCUAACGAGGUCUUCGCACGUUUCGAUGCUACAGAAAUAUUAAGUUUUUUCCUCUGAAUUAUGAGAGGAAAUUCCGAACCGUACGGAGCAGACGGAACGCUAUGUCGUUUUUAUGGAGUUUCAUGAAUGGCACUACUAUUCUUAUCGGACAUUCCGUCUCUGAUGUUGUUUUCAAGGCCGACAUCGAUGACCAUUAUGAUAGCAACAAUAAAACUUUUAAGGCCAC